AUGGCCGCUGCCAUUCGUCCGCCCGCCAAUGCUUUUGUUGCCGAAAUGCGCAAGGUAUACAAUCCAGUCGGCUUCGGCAAAGGCUACAACUUUGUUCUCUGGUUCAUCUUCUGCGGUGCCCUUUUUGGCUUCUGCCUCGCUCGUUUCAUGUAUCUCGAUUUUGAUGGCGUGUACUGCCCUCUGGACGCCAAGGGCGGCCCAAACUCUGCGGGCCCUGGCGAGUGUUAUUCUUACAAGUCACACCCAGUCUAUCUGAUUGGUAUCAAGAUGCAUCUGUUCACUAUUGUCCCGGGCGCAUUUUUGGCUUGCUUCCAAUUUGUUCCCUUUAUUCGACUGAAUUACAUCAUUGUCCAUCGCAUCAAUGGUUACCUGGUGCUGCUGCUUAGCUUGCUGGCCACAGUCGGCGCCUUUAUGAUCGCUCGCGUCUCAUUCGGCGGAAGUAUCGGCAUUCAAAUAGUUGCUGGCCUCCUAGGCAUCAUGUUUUUGAGCUCACUGGCUAUUGCCCUAUACAAUAUUAAGACUCUGCAGCUGGAGCAGCACCGUGCGUGGAUGCUGAGAGCCUGGUUCUACGCCGGAAGUAUAAUCACCAGUCGACUUAUCAUGUUCAUCAGCGCCACGAUAAUUUCUAAUCAAGGGCCCUACUACGCGCCAAUGAGCUGCGCCAAGCUCGCGUCAUUCUACAGCAAUGCCACAGCUCUAGAAGGUGCUCACCCUGCCUGCUCUGACCUAUCGGCGUGGUCUAUUGUUCGAGCAAAUAUGUCUGGGGAAGCGAAAAAUGUAGCCGCGUCAUUGGACAUCACAUUUGGCGCUGCUGUGUGGUUGGCGCUUGCGAUCCAUGCCAUAGGGGUGGAAUUUUACCGAGCGACUUCGAAAGAUCUCAUAUCAGCGACAAUUGGAGGCAGGGUUCUUGAAGCCGGGUCGUGCUGGAUUAACUGCAGACCGUAUUGGUGA